UUGGAGAGCAGGGCCCAUCCUGGCUCUCCAGUUCCCUCUGACCCUGGAGCUGUGCCCCGUCCUCUUCCCAGGGGCUACAGCUGCACAGCCUUGGAGCCCUCUGCCACCCCAAAGCCCGUUGCUGAGCUGGGCGAGUGGUCAGGCGGCGAGAGUCUCGUCCCCGCCCACCUGCCCACCCCAGGCCCCGCCCUCCUUGCUGACGAUGCUGAUCCCGGGCUCUGAGCCGUCCUGAUCCCUUGAUCCGUCUCAGCCCCCGGGAGGCCCCGGACGACCUGCCCAAGGACCUGGGGUCUCCUGGAGCCUGGGACGCCAGAGCCUUUAGCCCACCACUCUGGGGUGGGGGGAGGCAGGGAACCCACGAGGCCGGCGCGUCCCCAGGACCAACGGCCAAGGCGGGGGGGGGAGUUGGCCGGCCAGGCGGGAGGCCUGGCGCCCCGCGAUGCCGGCCGCCCCCGCGGAGGGCCAGCCCGUGGCCCUGAGCUUGGCAGAGAAGGCCGUGUGCAAAGUGGUAUACGGUGCCCCCCGCCCCCGCCCCCUGCUGCUGCCCGUGGGCCUGGAGCUAUGGCUGUAUGUGGAGAAGAAGCGUCGUCACCUGCAGAGGAAGAGGAUGGAGACCUCGUGCCUGGAGCUGGCCCUGGAGGGCGAGCGUCUCUGCAAGGCCGGGGACUUCAAGGCGGGCGCGGCCUUCUUCGAGGCAGCGGUGCAGGUGGGCACCGAGGACCUGAAGACUCUCAGCGCCAUCUACAGCCAGCUGGGCAAUGCCUACUUCUACCUGAAGGAGUACUCCCGGGCGCUGGAGUACCACAGGCACGACCUGCUGCUGGCCCGGACCAUCGGCGACCGCAUGGGGGAAGCCAAGGCCAGCGGGAACCUGGGCAACACACUCAAGGUGCUCGGCCGCUUUGACGAGGCCAUUGUGUGCUGCCAGCGGCACCUGGACGUCGCUCGGGAGCAGGGGGACAAGGUCGGGGAGGCCAGGGCAUUGUACAACAUCGGCAACGUGUACCACGCCAAGGGCAAGCAGCUCUCCUGGAACGCCGCACAGGACCCCGGGCACCUGCCGCCCCAUGUCCGGGAGCCACUGCGCAGAGCCUCCGAGUUCUAUGAGAGGAACCUGUCCCUCGUGAAGGAGCUGGGCGACCGGGCGGCCCAGGGCAGGGCGUAUGGCAACCUGGGCAACACACACUACCUGCUGGGGAGCUUCGUGGAGGCCACGACCUUCCACAAGGAGCGCCUGGCCAUUGCUAAGGAAUUUGGAGACAAGGCGGCCGAGAGGAGGGCGUACAGCAACCUGGGGAACGCCCACAUCUUCCUGGGGCGCUUUGACGUGGCCGCCGAGUACUACAAGAAGACGCUGCAGCUGUCCCGGCAGCUCAAGGACCAGGCGGUGGAGGCACAGGCCUGCUACAGCCUGGGCAACACCUACACUCUGCUGCAGGACUACGAGCGCUCGGCCGAGUACCACCUUCGGCACCUGCUCAUCGCCCAGGAGCUGGCCGACAGAGUGGGAGAGGGCCGGGCGUGCUGGAGCUUGGGGAAUGCCUACGUGUCCAUGGGGAGCCCGGCACAGGCCCUGACCUUCGCCAAGAAGCACCUGGAGAUCUCCCAGGAGAUCGGGGACCGAAACGGGGAGCUCACGGCCCGCAUGAACGUGGCACAGUUGCAGCUGGUGCUGGGCCGGCUGAGCAGCCCCGCGGCCACGGAGAAGCCCGACCUGGCCGGCUACGAGGCCCAAGGUGCCAGGCCCAAGAGGACACAGAGGCUGAGUGCAGAGACCUGGGGCCUGCUGAGGCUCCCCCUGGAACGGGAGCAGAAUGGAGACAGCCACCAGCUGGGGGAGUGGCGGGGGCCGGGCAGGGACGUGCUCCCGCUCCCCGUGAGGAGCAGGAAGUACCAGGAGGGGCCGGAGACCGCUGAGAGGCCCCGCGAGGGCGGCCACUCCCCGCUGGACAGCGCGGACGUCCGGGUGCAGGUGCCUCGCACGAGCAUCCCUCGGGCCCCGUCCUCCGACGAGGAGUGCUUCUUUGACCUGCUGAGCAAGUUCCAGAGCAGCCGCAUGGAUGACCAGCGCUGUACCCUGGAGGAGGGUCAGCCCGGGGCCGCCGAGGCCACCGCCGCCCCCAGCCUGGAGGAGAGGGUUGCCCGGCCCUCGCUGACGGCCUCCCCGCAGACCGAAGAGUUCUUCGACCUGAUCGCCAGCUCGCAGAGCCGCCGGCUAGACGACCAGCGUGCCAGCGUAGGCAGCUUGCCUGGGCUCCGUAUCACCCACAACAACCUGGGACACCUGCGUGCCGACGGGGACCCGCAGGAGCCUGGGGACGAGUUCUUCAACAUGCUCAUCAAGUGCCAGUCCGCCAGGAUCGACGACCAGCGCUGCCCGCCUCCCGACGUGCUGCCCCGAGGCCCCACCAUGCCUGACGAGGACUUCUUCAGCCUCGUCCAGAGGGUGCAGGCCAAGCGGAUGGACGAACAGCGGGUUGACCUCGCCGGGAGCCCGGAGCGGGAGGUCAGCGGGAGACCCGAGCCCCGGCAGCAGUGCCAGCCUGGCGCCACCUAAGGCCUUGUGACUGCAGCCAGGCCGGCCCCACCCCCGCUCCUGGACUCGGGGCCGGGGUGGGGGGGGGUGGGGGGCGGAGGGCUCACGGUCAUCUGCCCAGAGGCCCGUUCCUCUGGAGGCCACGGCUGAGCACAGGCUCCGAGCCCUCUGGCCCUUUCCACUGUGGCAGACGCUGGGCACACGGCCCCCACAUCGGCUCCCUCCCAGGGUGGCAGGCUCAGGUCAGGGCUGCCCUGGAGGGUGGCUGCGCUCCUGUCCUAGAGCAACCCCUGGGUGGUACACGGGCCUCCCACAGGCCUGCCAGGCCUUCCCCCUUGCCCCAGGUCUAGCUCUCCCCCUGCCCCAGGCCCAGCUCUCUCCCUGCCUCAGGCCCAGCCCUCCCCCUGCCCCAGGCCCGGCCCUCCCCCUGCCCCAGGCCCGGCCUUCCCCCUGCCCCAGGCCUGCAGCUUGUUGGGUCCAAACCCUCUGUGGCGCCCCCCUGCCCUGCCCAGCUCCAUCCUGCCUGGCAAAUGUGAAGAUGCUGUUGCCUCCCUUAAAUCCCCAAAGGCCCCUCUGACGGCUUUUCUGUGGGGCUUACCAGUGACACGGACAUUUCCGUCCUCCCAGAGGUGGUCCUGGGAUGAUGGAACCUGUUUACCCCAGUCCCAGCCUCUCUCCCACAGGGAGGGGUCCCGCCCAGCCCUUCGGCCCUCCCACCUCCCCCAGGCUAGAGAAGGUGCGAGGCGGUCUCAGCCUGGAACCUGACACAGCAGCGGAGGCAGGCCAGGUGCCCCCACACAGAGCCGCCAGGUCCUGGCAUUUCAGCCCCCCAGCCCCAGCCGGCACCCGGUCUUGACCAGGCAGGGGCAGUGGAUGGGUGCGAUGGGCUGUGACACCCCUCAACUCCAAGCUCCGAGGCCCAGGGACAGAGCAGGACAGGACAGAGGCCCAGGACAGGGACCGCGGCAGGGCCGGGGGCUGGCAGUGAAAGCUGGGGGGUUCAGCUCGGCCCAACCCUGGGCACCCAGCCCUCGCUGCGCCCCAAGCUGGGAAGGUGACAUCACUGCCUUCUAUGGGGAGGGUCCAGCCCCCGCACAGCCAAGCCCACCCACGGGAUUGCGCAGGAAAGGCCCCUGCCUUGGCCCGCCACCAGCCCUUCUGGAGAGCGCACCCCCCCGAGCCCCGCGGCCCCCAGGGCGUGAGGUGGCCACGUCCUCCUCAGGCGGUGCCCCAGCUGAGCUCCCUCCAUCUUUCUCAGAGGCCCUCCUGGCAGGGGAGGCGGCCGGACCCCCACCCUGCAGUACGGCCCGGGGGCCCUGGACUCUGAUGCUCUGAAAGGUGUGGGUGGGAGCCCGGGGUGGGGGGGUCAGAUGCCAGAAGAACACGGGCCCCUCUCGGGCCCCCACAUACUUGAAUGUACAAGCAUAUUUAUUGCUCACACGUGUUUGCCCUGUUGUCAGUGGGUCCUUCCCAACCCAAGAGGUACAUGGUUUUUUGUUUUUCCCCAAAAAAUAAAGUCUGCCAAGUGAA